CCUACAAUUUUACGUCAAAAGGAUCCCGGGUCCUUACGCACGGCACGCAAAAUGACAACUGAUAAACCACCUUCGAUAAAUCUGAGAAACAAAAUAAUCCUAUUGUACUUGAUUGUGUUUGGGGUGCAUCGAACUAGGGCCGCGGAUGCUGUUUUCCACUUCCCUGAGUACGGCUACAAGGAAAAUAACAAAAACGAGCUGACUUUUCGAGAGUUCGAGACAUCAUGUGAGCAGAGUCCACGUUGUGAUACUUUGAAUGGGGUUGAAAGGGUCCGCUGCACACGGCAAUGCAUUUCGCCGUCCUGCUACCACGAAAUUUACCAAUUUGAUGAGCUCGAGGAAGGAGAGAUCGAUGUAAGACUCAACUCGUUCAAAGGAUGCUUCAUUCAGGCUUAUCGGUCGCAGGCAAAUAUGACGUAGUGUCCAAAUAAUCUCUAUUAGGUACUGUAGCGAGACUGGCAGGCAGAGUAGAAAUAAAGUCGUCACAAACUAUCCACUAACUC